GCCAGUCUUCCACUUGAAAUCACCAUACUUAACACAUAGGUUUGACUUGCUGCAACCCUUUACGUCCUGGUUGAUUUCUGCCUUUUCUAUAAGUCAUUCACCUAACCCGCUCAAGCGUUCGUAAUAUCCACCAAGGGCAGCAGCUAUAUCAACUUCGCAGUCAAAUUCAAAGACUCCAAACCGAGGCCCAACUUCGUCACUUGCCAUGUCAACAGAUCCAUACCAUGCAGUACAGCAAGAAAUACAGUCGUCGCUGCAGACAGCGUCAACGCUCCGCUCGUCGUAUCUCCGAAUUCGAAGCAUGGCGCGUGAAGGCAGCGAAGAGUUAGCUUGGGCUCGCAGUGAGCUCAAAGCAACGCUCUCGACGUUAGAGGCUGACUUGGAGGCUUUGGAGGAAAGUGUGAAAAUGGUUGAGUCAGCUGGUCCCCGUAUGUUUGGUCUCGACGACGCAGAAAUAAAUGAUAGAAGAAAAUACGUCCGUAGGAUCCGUCACGAAAUCGAGGAUAUGAGAGCCGAGGUCGAGGGCACGCUUCCUAUAUCACGGGCGAAAUCACCUUUGUCCCCGCCCCAGCGCGCCACUAGUCCAGCACCCCCCAGUUACCGUUCGAAUGCGGUAUCUCCUCGACCAGAUAACGUCAGACCACCGAGAGACGAAGAAGAUGAUCCCCAAGCCCAAUGGGCGCGAGAAGAGCAGCAGCUCAUGAUACGAGAGCAAGACCGCACAAUGGAUUCUAUAUCAGGCACGCUCACCACUCUAGCUCAGCAAGCUGGACUGAUGGGGCAAGAAAUUGGGGAACACAAUGAGAUGCUUGGUGACCUUGAGCAAAACGUAGAUCGCACAGACUCAAAGUUAUCUGAUGCGAUGCGCCGGAUGCGUAAGUUCCUCCGGGAUACGGAAGAAACGAAAUCCGGAUGGUGUGUCACGAUAUUGAUAAUUGUGCUGAUCAUUCUGCUGGUAGCCGUUAUAUUAAUAUGAUUGCGGUACUGUAUGCCUCGUCAGCGUGGCACAGUGUUGUCGCCUUGAGGUUUUGGCCAUGGACUCGAAGAGCUGGAUUUUAUUUUAUUGCAUGCUUAUACUACUCUCUAGUGCAUCACGCAUAUAUGCCUACCGCCCGAGGAGCAGACAUUCAAUCUUCAUUGGAAUGGCUUACAGUACUGUUUAUCCAAUGUUUUAGAUAUGGUUCGGUUCGACUUAAGCUUUUGCACAUCCCUUAUUCAUCCUUUCAUCCCUUCCUGGUCUAGAUAGUAUUAGUAGCGAAACAAUUUGUCACAUAUUUGGUUUGCAUACUCAAAGCAAGAUAUUAUUUGCAAAUAUUGUC